GUCCAUUACAGCAGGGUGAACGCAUCCUAAUAACUGAUAAAUGUUACUGUCAGAUAAGGCUGUGUUAAAUAAGGAAAGUGUAAAGAAAGCAGGUUAUUAAUUCUGCUGCUAACAUUGGUUAUACCAACAUUAGUUAUACCUAUAUUAUUUUUUAAAUCAAUCAGUUAAAUGCAAUUUCAUGUUCAAAGUCAUCAAACCACUAACAACACUGUAUUUAUAGGAAACAUAAUGCAUACUCUUUUAUUUAUAAUAAACAUGUAAAAUUUGCUACUUUUAAGUGGGGUCCAUUUUCAAUUAACUCAAAUACAGAAGACUGAAUAUGGACACUUUCCAAGCAAUUAUGUAUGUUAUGCAAUAUAUUUCAGUAAAUAAAUUUGUGACUAAAGUUUGUGUCAAGGUCACAUGAAUGCUUUUCAGAAGUUGAUAAUUUUUUUCCAGGCAGAACAGGUUGUUUUUGUAUCACCUCUCAAUGGCUACAUUUUGUGUGACUAAUGUGACAUCACAAAUAGAGAAGGUUUAAAUGCAGACAGUUCCAGUGUUCGGCAAAUGAUGACACGCAUCAGCAUGUUCUUCAUCGUCGUAGCAUCAGUGCUCAUUGCUAGCGUCUUUGGUUGUGGCCAACCACCCAUUGAGCCUGUCACCCCCCGCGUGGUCAAUGGAUCAGAAGCCAGACCCCACAGCUGGCCUUGGCAGAUCUCUCUGCAGAUUCUGGAUGAUGGAUCAUGGAAGCACUAUUGUGGAGGAUCUAUCAUCGACACUAACUGGGUGAUGACUGCUGCUCAUUGUAUCAGUUCUUCACGGACGUACAGGGUGUUUGUUGGUAAGCAUAACCUGACAGAGGAUGAGCCUGGGUCAAAGGCCAUCAGUCCAGAGAAGAUCAUUGUGCAUGAGAAAUGGAUCCCCAUAUUUGUAUUCCUUGGAAAUGACAUUGCCCUGAUUAAGCUGUCCGAACCUUUAACACUAAGUGAUAGUGUUCAGCUGGGUUGUAUCCCACCUGCAGGCACAGUCCUUCCAAACAACUACACCUGCUAUGUUACAGGCUGGGGAAGUCUGUCCACUGAAGGACCUCUGUCUGAUACACUGCAACAGGCUCUGAUGCCCAUAGUUGACCAUAAAACCUGCACUCAGCCUGACUGGUGGGGUUCAUUUGUCAAAAAAAGCAUGGUCUGCUCUGGUGGAGAUGGUAUUGUUUCUGCUUGCUAUGGUGACUCUGGUGGUCCUCUAAACUGCAAGAACGCUAAUGGCAUUUGGGAGGUGCACGGUAUUACCAGCUUUGGUUCUGGCAUGGGUUGCAACACUUUGAAGAAACCUACUGUUUUCACCCGUGUGUCCGCUUUCAGUAAAUGGAUUGUGAAGACCAUGAUGAACAACUGAGAUGGACCAAAUAUGCUGACCUAUAUUGUAAAGAAUGAAAAUUCCAACAAACCAUCAAAGUAAAUCAAGGAUCAAUAUUGGGUUUUAAGACUUAUUUAUUCACCACAAACCACCAAAUAUUAGCAGAAUAUCAGUUUAAACUUUGUUACUCAGUGGGUGGAGCAUUAUUGUGUUAGAAGUGUAAAUGUUAUGGGUUCAGUAUUAAGGUAUAUCUUAUAUGCACUCUAAGUUGCUUUUGAUAAAAGCAUCUGCCAAAAGUCAAACUGAAACAUCUCCUACUUUUACUUUGAUGGAUCCUUAGAUCCUCAUGUGCAGAAUGUUUUUAUUUGUGUGUUCUUUAGUUUAUUGUUAAUCAUUUAUUUACAUAAUCAUUUUAUAAU